UGAGCCUUAAAACCAGCCGCCCGCCAAAGUUGUAUAAAGUCCACGCCUUUCUUUUCAUCGCAUGACAAAAGCAUUCUGUUAAAGAUGUAUGCCAAGUUAUUUUUUUGGAUCGCUCUUCUAAUCAUAGGAUCAUGCCUUGCGGCUCCACCUUACCUUGGCGAGCCUCCUAUACCAUACCGUGGAGAACUAAAGAAGCGAACAGACGAUAGUGUCUCUGCUACUGAGAAUGAUAAUAGUGCACGCAACGCUGUGCAUGAAGAGUACCCGCGACGCCUUUUUUUGGGCGUAUAUUCAGAAAAAAACUACAAGGGCCAGAAGCAGGAAUGGACCAAUGCAAAUGGAGCAAGGUCUCCAUGCUGGAACAUUGACGUAAAAGAAUUCUAUUCCUUUGACGUUAACUCCCAUGGUGUCAAUAUUCAUUUCUAUGCCGAAGCUAAGUGCGAAGGCGCAGUCUAUACCUUCACCUCCUCGCAGCAAGACAUUAAAGAUGCCAAGAUUCGAGAGUCCAAGGCGGUGAGGGUGACCAAGUCCAAUUGAACGCACGCACAUAAUAGUUUCCAAUAAUGUUUAGCAUGGCUGAAUAGUCCUCAGGCUCAUUCGUUACCUCGUUUAUUAUACAAA